UGUAGGAAAGUUAUAGAGUUCACAAACUAUGGUAUAGAUCUGAAUGUCCAAGAAUGUCAGAACAGUACAGAUAUCCCCCAAAUGUCAGGACAGUACAGAUAUCCCCCAAAUGUCAGGACAGGACAGAUAUCCCCCAAAUGUCAGAACAGGACAGAUAUCCCCCAAAUGUCAGAACGGUACAGAUAUCCCCCAAAUGUCAGGACAGGACAGAAAUCCCCCAAAUGUCAGGACAGGACAGAAAUCCCCCAAAUGUCAGGACAGAAAUCCCCCAAAUGUCAGGACAGAAAUCCCCCAAAUGUCA